AUGACGAAAAAGAAGUCGAAGAAAAACAAUGUUUCAUCGAAAAACGAGUCAGCUGCAACGAUUGUCGAUGAUAGUGAGAAUGCGGUACCGAAUGUAACUACGAAUAUUGCUGAUACAAAUGAAAGGGACUUGUUUGACACAAUGGAUAAAACCAUGAGGAAACGAAAGAAACAUUUGAACGACUUUUACCACAAUCCAAAACGAACAAAAGUGGUUUCGGACAGUGACGAGGACGAUGAUGAUGAUGAUGUAUCAGAUGAAUCAAAGAAGAAUUCGAAUCGCGAAUCAGCAAGAAAUGGCUUUUCAAACGGUACAAAAACGAAUGGAGUUGGUAAUUCUUCUUCGGAUGGUUCGGUUGAUUUCACCUCGUCAAAUGAACACGACUUGACUUCGACACUAAUCAAUGCUGAGAAACGUCUCGCAUUGAAUAAAUCGAUUUUUUUACAUAAUAAAAGUCGAUCAAAUGGAUGUGUAAAUAAAAAUAAAUCUAGUGAACUGACUGAUGAAAUUAAUUGCCAACGUACACCAUCGUCUGUGGAUAUCAAUCAAGGGGAAGCUACCCAAUCACAACAGGUUGCAAAGACACUUGUAUCGACCAGUAAACAUUCGAAGCAACAUUGCGAAUCAAAUAGAAAAAUGACGAAAAAAAAGUCGAAGAAAAACAAUGUUUCAUCGAAAAACGAGUCGGCUGCAGCGAUUAUCGAUGAUAGCGAGAAUGCGGUACCGAAUGUAACUACGAAUAUUGCUGAUACAAAUGAAAGGGACUUGUUUGACACAACGGAUAAAACCAUGAGGAAACGAAAGGAACAUUUAAACGACUUUUAUCUCAAUGCAAAACGAACAAAAGUGAUUUCGGACAGUGACGAUGAUGAUGAUGUAUCAGAUGAAUCAAAGAAGAAUUCGAAUCGCGGAUCAGCAAGAAAUGGCUUUUCGAACGGUACAAAAACGAAUGGAGUUGGUAAUCCUUCUUCGGAUGGUUCGGUUGAUUUCACGUCGUCAAAUAUUUCUUUAACAACGUCGUCAAGUGGACACGACUUGACUUCGACACCAAUCAAUGCUGAGAAACGUCUCGCAUUGAAUAAAUCGAUUUUUUUACAUAAUAAAAGUCGAUCAAAUGGAUAUGUAAAUAAAAAUAAGUCUAGUGAAAUGACUGAUGAAAUUAAUUGCCAACGCACACCAUCGUCUGUGGAUACCAAUCAAGGGGAAACUACCCAAUCACAACAGGUGGCAAAGACAUUCGUAUCGACUAAUAAACAUUCAAAACAACAUUCCGAAUCAAAUAAAAACCGCGAUGCUUUGUCUCAAACAGCAUCCAAUGGGAAAACUCCAUACAUAUCUCAAAGCUCUAUCACAUUUGCAACGCAAUCAGCAGUGACUAAUAAGCAUACGAAUUCGAAUUCGGGUCAGUUCAACAACAACUUUCAGGUCAAUCGGUCGCUCAUAUGCUCUCAUACAGAUGGUGAACCGGUCGUGAAUCGACCAUCAACUACUACCAGGUCUCAAUGGCGCCCGAUCGACAUAAAAAACACAAUGGAAUAUCGCGAAUUAGAAAAGAAAAACAAAGAUUUGUCGAAUAAAGUUGACAAUCUGAAAGAAGCUCUUUCAAAAGAGCGCAAAGACCGUAAAAGAAUGGAAGAAACGCAUAUUCUCAAACCUCGUGGCUCUUUUUGGAAUGAAUUAGCAAUCUUCAUGGAUUCGCAUACGGAUUUGUACAUGGGGGAUGGCCGCACUAUCGACCAAAUAGGAUGUGAGCUUGGUUUAAGUGAUCAAACUAUUCAAUCGGUUCAACGUAAUGCUGAUAGGCCGGAUAAAGUAGCUAUGAAUAUCUGGAGAAGACUUUGUCCGACCGUUGAUGAUCGAGUUUUUGUUCAAUCAAUCAAGCGAGUACCGAUAUCUACCCUGGAAAAUAUAUAUGCAUUCUCUCGACUAUCACAUCCCAAAAACAGUUUUAGUUUUAAGAAGAUGCGAAAUGACAUUGCAGCAAACAUUAGACA